UACCAGCGGCAAAAGCAAAUAAAAAAUUUGAUCAAUCCUCGCACCCAGUGUAAAAGUUCUCUCGAAGAUGGAAGAACAUUUGAAAAUGGUUAUAGACGAAGACGAUGAACAAGACUCUAAAGAGACUGUUUUCCAUAGAUAUUUUCUGCGUGAAUGGACGCUUCUGGAAUCACUCCUCGACGAUAUCAUCUCAAAUGGCCGUGUCUCCAACAUCUCUUCUGUGCAUAAAAUUCGAUCUAUCAUGGACAAAUACCAGGAGCAAGGUCAAUUACUGGAACCUUACCUUGAGCGCAUAAUUUCGCCACUCAUGUCCAUUGUACGUUCAAAAGCUGGUGCUGCCUCCGAAGAAAUUCUCGAAAUAACCAAGCCUAUAUGUAUCGUAAUUUAUACAUUGGUGACGGUUUGCGGAUACAAGGCUGUUGUCAAGUUCUUCCCACAUCAAGUCUCUGACCUGGAGCUUGCAGUAUCUCUCUUAGAGAAAUGUCAUAAUGCGCAAGCCAUAACGUCGUUGCGACACGAAAGUACUGGAGAAAUGGAGGCGAAAUGUGUGAUACUGUUGUGGCUUUACAUUCUCGUAUUGAUUCCGUUUGAUAUAUCUUCUGUGGAUAAUAAUUACACUGGAGGCGAUGAACUACCUCAGCUUGUAUUAAGAAUUCUAGUACUUUCGAAAGAGUACCUCGAAAGUUCGGGUCCUAUGCGAACCAUAGCUGGUUUGUUGCUCUCCAGGCUUCUAACGCGUCCAGAUAUGACAAAGGCUUUUACCAGCUUUAUGGAUUGGGCACAUGAAGUUAUGUCCUGUCUUUCAAAUGAUGUUGUUAAUCACUUCCAGCUAUUGGGUGCAGUUGAAGCACUAGCUGCUAUUUUCAAGAAUGGAAGCCCUAAAGUGUUGCUUGGUGUGGUUCCUGGUGUUUGGAAUGACAUAUCAGCUCUGAUGAAGUCCAAUACUGCAGCUCGGAGUCCUUUGCUUCGCAAGUAUCUUGUGAAGCUAUCUCAACGGAUUGGGAUGAUCUGUCUCCCUCCGCGUCAUCUGUCAUGGAGAUAUGUGGGUAGAACCAGCACGCUUGGAGGGCAUAUUACUGUCGAUAGAUUCAAAGAGGACCAAUACAAUGAUGCCAGAAACAAUAAUCUUUCGAAUUUCUAUCAAGACCCGAACUGUCAGGAAGAAGACAACAUGGAUGUCCCUGUUAUAGUAGAAGAGAUUAUUGAAUUACUGCUGUCAGGAUUGCGUGACACGGGCACCGUUGUGCGUUGGUCUGCUGCAAAGGGUAUUGGCCGUGUUACUUCACGGUUAACUUACUUGCUUUCAGAUGAAGUCCUUUCAUCCGUUCUGGAGCACUUUUCGCCUAGCGAGGGUGACGGCUCAUGGCAUGGUGGUUGUUUGGCGCUGGCUGAAUUGGCACGUAGGGGAUUGCUGUUACCUAUCAGUUUUCACAAAGUUGUUCCUGUUGUGAUGAAGUUUGUGUGGCAGGCUUUACAUUAUGACGUUCGAAGGGGUCCACAUAGCAUUGGAUCCCAUGUACGUGAUGCUGCUGCUUAUGUUUGUUGGGCAUUUGGCCGUGCAUAUUACCAUGCAGAUAUGAAAAGCAUACUUGAAAAGCUUGCCCCACACCUUCUCACUCUGGCCUGCUAUGACCGCGAGGUUAAUUGUAGAAGAGCAGCAGCUGCUGCUUUUCAAGAGAAUGUUGGACGACAAGGAAAUUAUCCUCAUGGUAUAGAUAUUGUGAAUGCAGCUGAUUACUUUGUGCUUUCUUCACGUACAAACUCGUAUCUUCACGUUGCUGUCUGCAUUGCUCAAUAUGAUGGCUAUCUUUAUCUUUUUGUUGAUGAGCUUCUGAACAGCAAAAUCUGUCAUUGGGACAAAAGUUUGAGAGAGCUUGCCGCAGAUGCCCUUUCUUAUCUUACUAAGUAUGAUCCUGGAUAUUUUGCUAGUACCAUUCUGGGAAAGUUAUUGCCUUGCACAUUGUCUUCUGAUUUGUGCAUGCGUCACGGUGCAACUUUAGCUGUUGGGGAAGUUAUAUUGGCUCUACAUGAGUGUGACUAUGUUCUUUCCCCGGAUCUGCAGGAUCAAGUUGCUGGUGUGGUUCCUGCAAUUGAGAAAGCACGGCUAUAUUGUGGAAAGGGGGGAGAAGUAAUGCGUUCUGCUGUUUCCCAUAUCAUUGAGUGCAUUUCAUUGGCUUGUCUCCAAUUGAGAGAUAAAAUAAAGCGGAUUCUGCUUGAUACACUCCAUGAGAAUUUGAGACAUCCGAAUUCUCAGAUACAGGGUGCUGCUGCUGCAGCCUUAAAGAGCUUUCUUCCUGCUUAUUUUGUGGCUUUGGAAAGCAAAAGCUUCAAUGCCAUCACAUCAAAAUACCUUGAGAAAUUGGCUGAUCCUAAUGUGGCUGCUAGACGAGGAUCUGCACUUGCGCUUGGUGUUUUGCCAUUUGAGUUUCUAGGCGAAGGAUGGAAGGAUAUACUCCGGAAGCUUUGUGCUGCUUGUGAAAUUGAGGAUAACCCUGAAGAAAGAGAUGCUGAAGCACGGGUAAAUGCUGUCAAAGGACUAGUAUUAGUGUGUGAAACUUUAACCCAGACACGAGAUUAUUCUCAUCUAUUGUCUGCAGAAGAAUGCAUAUCUCUAUAUGUUUUCAUCAAAAAUGAGGUUAUGCAGACUUUAUUUAAAGCUUUGGAUGAUUACUGUGUAGAUAACAGAGGUGAUGUUGGUUCUUGGGUUCGUGAAGCUGCCAUAAACGGCCUUGAGAGGUGCACUUAUCUUCUAUGCAACAGAGAAUUCAAGCGCUUCCUAAGCAAGUCAGUACAAAUGGAACUUGGAUCACUUUCUCAGUUGAAUGAAAAAGAUAUUACUAACCAGAUGAAAUUUCUAUUUGAUGAAAAUGUGGCAACCUGUUUAGUUGGAGGCGUUGUUAAACAAGCAGUGGAGAGGAUGGAUAAAUUGAGAGAGUUAGCUGCAAAAGUUCUUCAAAGAAUUUUGUAUAAUAAAUCAAUUUUUGUACCAUUCAUACCCCAUCGAGAGAGACUAGAGCAAAUAUUUCCUGACGAUGCUGAUUUAAAAUGGGGGGUAGCUACUUUCUCAUAUCCUCAUUUUCUUCAGUUACUUGGUAUCAACUGCUAUAGAAAAUAUGUGAUAUCGGGGUUGGUUACUUCCAUUGGUGGCUUGCAAGAUUCAUUGACGAAGGCAUCAUUCAGUGCUUUGCUUGAAUUUCUUCAGUCAACAGAUGAAAAUGUAAAUGGUACUAGAGAGUACAAUCUUUCUAAUGACAUUCUUUGGGUUCUCCAGACGUACAAAAGGUGUGAGAGAGUCUUAAUACCCACUUUGAAGACUAUCGAGAUUCUAUUCAGCAAAAAGAUAUUCUUAAACAUGAAGGUUAUGCUUGAUGUUGUUUGCUUUGGCCUUGUACAGGCUCAAACUGCGGUGUUUUGUGCUGGCGUUUUAGAAGUUCUUAGUACAGAGUUGAAAGAAUCAAAAGUCUCUAAUCUGAAAACUGGAAUUCAAGUGCUUGGAUACAUUUCAUCAACAUCGGAUCCCAUCAAUAUCCAGGCAUUUGAUCAUUUACUUACUUUCCUCACUCACCCAUAUCCACAGAUAAGGAAAGCCAGUGCUGAAGAAGUUUAUAAUGUGCUACAAAACGGCACUCUUGUGCCAGAAGACAAACUAGAGAAAGCACUUGAGGUUAUCUCUGAAACUUGCUGGGUAGGUGAUGUUGAAGAAGCAAAACGGAAGAGGUUAGAGCUAUAUGCCAUAUGCAACAUAGAUGCUGGCACAUUAUCAGAAGAAAAUGGUGGAACAUCGCGUAAAGUUGUGGAACAGGCACCUACUUGUGAUGAAUAUGCAUCAUACUCUUCACUUGUUGGAUCGACUGGGUUUUAGUUUCCUUGUUUUUCAGUUGGGAAAAGGUGUAAUCACUUAGAGGUCGAUGUAGUCCAUGGUAUCUUGGAAGCCGAUUCUAACCUAUGGAUAAAAGAAGAUCGCCAUAUGCAAAUUGAAAGAGAUUGAAGCACCUGCUACUGUUACCAGAAAGGAAAACAAAAAAAGCACCGGCUACUGUUAAAUCAGUACCAAGAGUAAUAGGAUGAUGAUUUACAUCUAACAGUAUAGUGACCUGUCUAAGGAAAUGGACAAUUAUUCUUUUUAUUUGUUUAUUUAAAUGGACAGUUUUUCUAAGCUCAGAAAUUCUUCCACAAAUGAGAAUUGCCAGAAAAAGGAAAUGACAACAAAAAUUGGAAAAUCAACUCAAAUUGUUACUCCAAGUCUACAUAAGCAGGGUGUAUUUGUUUGGACUUUGGUUUGUAAAUGGUCUGAGCCCUCUGUUACUUA